UCGGUCUCGCGAACGCCGAGCCGUCAUCGGCAGCAGCGAACAGCCCACAGUGCGCGCUACGCGAUAUCACUGCGCGGUCAUGUGUGCGUCACUAUGAUUAAAUUCGUACCGUUCUGCGCGUUCUUCGAUUCAAGUUCUGUUCGCGUGCGGUAACGAUAUAUUCUCAUUUCACCGACCACUCGCUCUCACCACCUAGGGGUGAAGGUUCCGUAGACCGAUGCAUCCUUCGUGGCGCAGGUGUUGGUUCGGGAGGAACCAGGAUAAAUGUUGUGUUCGGUAAACGGUGAACGUCAGGUUUUUUUUUCCACGAUAGGAGUCGAACAAAAACGCGCCAGUGGCCAACGAAACUGACAAUGAUAGGUGAACCGAAAGUAGAUUCAACGGAGAUAUAAUACCUUGGCGAUAUAGCUCAUGUAUUGUUGUUAAUCAUCAUGGGACGACAACGUGCGUAUAGUGUUUAGUGUCAAUACGGUCGACUGUGCAGUGUGUUGUACUUGGUCUACGUGCCAAUCAAUUGUUAAUCAGUAGUGCACCGAAAAUUGAAGAAAACACCGAUAACAACAACGACAACGACUACGUCGUCGUCUACGACGAAUGAAAAAGCGUAACGUCACGUACGUUACGUUAGUGCUCUCUAAUUAUCGUUAUCAUUUCUCUCUCUAUUUACCAUCCCGGAUUACACACUAUUUAUAAUUAUAUAGUCGAAAAUUGUUGAUUAUUUGUUAGUGUAACGACGGAGGUGCCGUAGACUUUACUGCUGCCAGCCAGCAGUUGGCCAGUUGCUGAAAAUUUCUCGUCAGGCGUAGUCCGGGGCGUGUGUUUUUAUUUACACCCAGAUAAAUCAUAAUAAUAAUAAUAGUAAUAAUAUUUCGAUUACUAACAUAACAGUGGUAUAUGAUGGCUUACAAGUACCGUGAGGAGAUAGUGGGUAAAAGAUUUCUUUCCGUCAGUGGUUUUGCCAAGUUAAAAGUUAAUAAAAUCAGUGAGUGGGGCUGGCGAGCCGGAGUUAUACGUGCUGCAAGUCACAGGGAUAACACCAACGAUGAUCUUCAGCUUCUAGUAGAGUACGACGACGUGGAGUGGCAGAGGAGAGAGUGGCUUUCGCCGUACCGGGAUGCUGUAUUCUCCCUUUUUCUCGUGGAAAAGGCCCUUUGUUGGGCGGAUCGACCUGACCCCCGACACUCCGGUCUCGUCAACAUCAACCAUCCGAACCACGUCGCCAACAACAACCAUCACAAUCCUCAUAGGGUCAACGGAAAACCCUUGAGGAGUAACGCUGCCACCGUCACCGCCUGCACGGUUUCCUGGCCCGCACUCAGUUUUUACCCUCUGGUAGCGCGAACAGAGCUUUCGGAGGAGACGAUGCCCGUCGAGUUCAUGCAGGACCGAAGAUUGGACUUCGUGGAUUACUCGAAGUUGAAACCUCUGACGCAAGACUGGGAGCUCACGAAGAGCUCGCCACCUUGGGCAGGAGCCGUGAGAAGAUGGGCCGAGAUGCAGGAUGGACAGAGAAUACUGCUGACGACGCCGAGCGUCCUCGUUGGCUUCCGAGUCGAGGUGUACAGGGCUGAGGGUACAACCCAGUGGUACACCGCCGUAAUCGUUGGAUACAACGAGGCCACCAAGGAUCUAACCGUCACGGACGAUACCGUUCUCGAAGAUCAUAACGAGGAUCCGAGUUUGGUGCAAAUGCGAUUGAUCGGCGAUGGAGUCGUCGAGAGUAUAAUGAGGGGGGAGGUAGUUGGAAUGACACCGAGAAGAUCCAGGUCCUCGACCGCGUUGACCCACGCCCUCGUAAUGCCCAGAGUUGGCCGCAGACCAAGAGGACGUCCGGGAACGAACGCGCACCUUCACCCACCGACCAGACCAGAAAGCCCGCCUCCGACUCCUCAGCAUCUCGAAAAAGAAAAAAGCAACGUCCGGGGUAACCGUAGAAGACAAGUUAGCGAGAGAGCAGCGAGUCGUGAGAGAACGGAAAGGGUCGAUCGAGAUCGCGAGGGCGUCGCUGCGGCCAGACAACAGCAACAACAGCAACAACAGCAGGAGGAUCGUGAAAACAAGGGUCCGGGAAACCGAGCGAGUCGUGUGCUAGCCGUCGAGGAAAUCCCAACUGGCAAAAGAAUCGUCGGUGGAGUUUCCGCGGCGUCCAAACUCCGUCGUAGAGGUACACCGGUGGUAAAAAGUUCGGCGGAUAGUUUUCCCGCGCAGAGGUCCGCUCGGCGAAGACUCAGACCGCAAACCGGGGUGGCUCGUGAAUCGGGCAGAAAUACGGUAAAGGAAAUAACAGUCCCCGAGGUCAAAGCGAGGCUCGAGGAUAAUUUCGAGCCGGAAGAAGGUGAGGAAAGCGAAUCGCGUAGAUCGGAAGACAGAGAGACCGAGGAAGACUGCGAUCCUCUGAUAAAAAGGCUGAAGAGCAGCCUCACAGGUCGCAAGGUAAAGUCGGAGAGUCGAAAAAAUCGAGGGGAGGAACUCGAAGAACGGGCGCAAAGAGAGGGUCGAAAGUCCGAGGAGGAAGACUCUGAGGAAAAACAGCCGAGGGAGGCAAACGGACCCGCGGCCGAGGACGAGGAAAGUGAGUCCAGAGAACGAGACAGGGAACCGGAACCUCCACCUCCGGAUAACGUAGAUCGGGGAGGGUCGGAAGAGGAGAAGGAAAACCAAGAAGAAGAAGAAGAAGAAGAAGAAGAAGAAGAAAAGAGAAAGAAGAGUAAAGAGAACUUGGAUAACAAAGAGGCGGUAGUUUCCGGGGAUGAUCAGCGAUCGCCUGUGAUAGUCGGUCAGGAAGUCAAGGUCAAGGUAACGAGGAGGAAUACCGAAGCGGAAGAGACUCCGGACUAUCUCGCGAGAGAAGUGAAAGAACGAGAAGAAGAAGAAGACGAAGAAGAGGAGGAAGCAACGGUUACCGAGGAAAGUACAGGCGACAGUGUGAGCAGUUCGAACGCGGUGCGGGCACCGAGCGUAGAAUCGGUGGUCGAGUUGGUGGAGUCGAGCAGUCAGGACGGCUCCGUGCUGGAGAGGUUGAGUCCGCUUAGCAGCGGUGCUGGGGGACGGCACGGGCUGCUGAACGAGGAGCAUCAACACGAACGUGAACGAGAACGGCACAACGAGAGCCCCGUCAUACUUGCCGAGAGACUGAACAAACCCCCGCCGGUAGCGGGAACGGGAUCAGCGAGCCAUCACCAUCAGCUUCACCAGCAGCAUCAGCAACAACUCCAGCAACAGUACAACAACGUCGCUAUCCACAACCGGCACUACUCGAGCGGUAGUCCGGUGAUUCACCCCCAUCAUCAUCACACCGUGCAGGUUCCCCUGGUCGCGGGUGGAAGUCCCCGUCAUUUGGUAGUCGGGGGUUCGGUGACGGAGUUGCACCAGCAACGGGAACAAAUCCACCCGGCAACAGCUCACCACCAGCAGCAGCUCCAACACCACCAGCAGCAACAGCAACAGCAACAGCAACAGCAACAAUCGCAACAUCACACGAGGGUGGUUGCUACCGUCGGCGAUGAGGCAAGCCUCAUGGAGGUGGAGGCAGGGGGUGUCGGGGUCGCGGGAGUCUUGGGUGGGGUCGCGACGUCUGCAGGUAUCCGCGGUGGUGCCGCGUACGGGGACAGUGGUUCCGACAGCGGGGUAAGUUCCCUCAGGAGCGCGGGUUCGGGGGACGAAAGAAGCGGUAGUAGAAGUUCGGCAUUGAGCGCCGAGGAAACACCCGCUGCCGCAACACCCGCGCGCGUCUGGCACGUGCAAAGUGUUCAGCACACAUCCCUUCUGAUGGCACACCCUCAGCAAGGUCCACCCGCCGCUCCGACUGGUCCCACAUCGACUACCUCCGUCGGUUAUCAGAGUCCGGCGCAACAAAACACCGCCGGUCAUCAUCAUCCCGCGGCAGCGGUAGCCACCGAGAUGCUCUGGAGACCCCCGAGGUAUCCGCCACUUCCCCACGGACUUCUCGGACCCGCGCAACAGAGCCCGGAGGAAAUGCUGGAACGAGACAGGCACGAGAGGAUGCUCCGAGAGCGACGUGAAGCGGAGCUUCGGGAUAUUGAAAAAAGGGAGAGAGAAAGACAAAGGGAAUCAAGAAUGGAACAAGACAGAAUAGAGAAACAAAAAGCCGCGGAACAAGCUGUACAUAAACAUUUUGAGGAAUCCCUAAGGCUCGCGGAACAAAAGGCGCCUUAUGGUUCGCAGAAAAACAUACAGUCGGUGAGCAUGGCGUGGGAAAUUCUGCCACCACCUGGGAGCAGGUCACAUGGGGGUCACCCUGCACUUCCGCCUCACGCCGGACACCAUCACCCUGUUGCUGCCGGGGCAACGCAUCACGCGGUUACCGUGGCGCAGCAACAACAACAGCAGAGGCAACAACAGCAGCAUCAACAGCAGCAACACCAGCAUCAGCAGCAGCCGCAUCAGCACCAACAUCCCCUUCAGCAUCAGCACCAACACCAGAAUCAGCACCAGCACCAACAACAGCAACAACAUCAACAUCAGCAGCAACAACAACGAGAACGGGAUGAACGAGAUGCGAGAGAUCAAAGGGAACGAGAACACAUAGCUGCGGCUGAAAGACUUCAGAGACAAGCCGAUGCUAGAGAACAUGCUGUUGCGCAACAGAGAGCCGCAUAUUACGCGGCAACGGUCUCAGCCUCGCCAUCCGUGCAACAGGUGUCCCGACCGUCCAGUGUACCUGUCAAAGUGGAGUAUCCACCCCCUGCCCAUUCCAGGCAACCAAAGUCGUCACUGCCGGUACCCGGUCACCACGAUAAACCUUCCUCUGGUGUCGGCCCACCUCAUACGGCCCUUCCAAAGGCCGAACCGAACGUUAGCCUUUUUAGCUAUUCGACGUACCAGCCACAACCGUACAUGCACGAGAUCAAAGUGAAGGCGGAACACCAGCAUAAACAAAUGGCUGUAAAAAGUAUGCAGUCUACGUUGGACAGGGACCAUCAUGGAAGAGAAAUGCUUCCAAAUCCUCCGCCCCUACUAUCCGACCACAAGAGUUCCGUUAUAGUGAAAAACGAAGGCAGAGAACUUUCUAAAGCGCCUCCCUCCCAUUCGCCAAGCCCAAAGAUGAUGACUGGUCAUUAUCUUAACCCCGUCGCCCCCCAACACAAACCUCCGGCUCCGUACGAGUAUCGGAGUCCUACGCAGAGCCCGCACCACCUUCAUCACUUGGACAGUCUUCAAGCUGCUAAAGGUAUUCCUCAGGGUCAUCAUAGGGCAAGUGCAAACCAACUGCCGAGUCCCCACGGACAUCCGGCGCAUCCCCAUAACAGGCAAUCGCCUCACGCCCCGCAUCCCCAUCAAACACCUCAUCCAUCCCCGCCAGAGCCGAGGUUUAUGACCAGGCCUGAGCCCGUGAUACCGUAUGCCACGCAAAAAUCUACGUAUCCUUAUCCUCAUCCCCCUUCCUCCUCCCCAACGUCGCAUUAUGCAGCUUCUCCGGGGUCCAAACCGAAGGUCAGCAGUCCCGCGCCUCAGCAUUUUUACGGUAAACCAAAUUCUGGGAUCAUGACGGGCACCCCGGUGUGCAGGGCUCCCGAACCCACGGUGCCGAGCGUUUUGCCCUUGAAUUCUAAAACUAAUAGCUCGCCAUACCAGCAAGUGCCUCGUCAUCACGGAGCUCCGCCACCACCCUUACCACCACCUGCUCACAGUAGCAGGUCCGUUUACGACACAAGGGGAUUCGCUGGUUCGAUACCGGCGUCCAAACUACCUCCGCCACCCCUUCAUCACGGCUCACCCCCCAGUGCUGCUGCCGCUCCUAUGAGUCUCUCGAGGUCCGGUACCGCCAUUCCUGGGCAUCGAACCAGCCCUCAUCAAAACCAGCAGAUUCAUCCACAGGCGAUGGCGACUUCCGUUCAAACGCAACCCCUCGACUUGGGUGUCGAGAGGUCGGGAUCUCCGAAAAGAAAAGCGCCGACCCCGGUGGAUAUUUGCGGGCAACCUGUUUCGCUCGAAAUGAGCUGUAAAAAGAGAAGGACUGAAGAAGUUCAGCACCCCAUGUCCCUGCAAUGCGUUGGUCCUCCCGUUCUGUCCAGGGUCAGUGAACCUAGUCCACUAAUAGCGUCUGCCGCAACUUCUAUAACGACGGUCGUUAACACGGCACUUCUACAAGGGCAACCCAAUAGUCAAACUCUGCACCAGGAUUUGAGAAACGUCGUAUCGGUCAGUCCUGCGCCUAGAACUGCCAGCGGUGACGGAUCUGUGAGACCUGCCAGCACGGGCAGCGUCAGUUCCCUUAAUCCAACAGCCAGUGCCGCACCUAGCCCUGCGCCCACGCAGAGUCCUGCGCCUUCCGCCGCUCCUAGUCCUGCACCUAGCGCACCUGGAACACCGGCAAAGGCGACUCCGAACGCCGCCGAUAGCGAAAAGUCGAAUAGUCCCGCGCCCAGGCCACCGAGUAGUACGAGUUACCCCGUCCAUAAGCUUAAAAAGGCCUGGCUUCAGAGGCAUUCGGGUGAAGACGGCACGGAAGACACAACCGGACUCGUCGGUAGUGGGUCCUGCGUUACGCUUCCGUUGACGAUAGCGCAGGCCCCUUCGCAACCUUUGCCAUCGAACAAAGAAAGGGAGCCUACGAGUACGACAAGUUUACCAAGUGCUGUUAAUUCGAUACACAAUAUCGGGAGUAUGGCUGUUAAUAGUAUAAACAAAAGUAAAGUUACGGGAAAGAACGCGGGGAGGAAAACUAACAACAAGGAAUCCCUCAAUGGACACGCGCAAGAUGCCAAAGUCAUCCAGGAAGAUUCAUCUAGCAGUGAUCCUGAGAGGAAGUCCCCUCCCAAAAGGAAACCACCCAAGGUAAAACGAAAGAAGGGAGCCGCAAGGAGGCAGCAGGCAGCCACGGAGGAGCACAGAAGGAGAAAGGAAGAAAAAAGCGGUGGCGGUGGUGUUGGCAGCGAAUCUAGCAAUGAAAGCGAAGCUGGCUCAGCCAGUGAUGCCAGUGAACAGUUGAGUUCUAGCCAACCAACUUCUAGGGCUAGACACACUACUGGUAACUCCAACUCUUCUGGAAAUGGUGGCAAUGCUAGUAAGGAGCCCAGGAAACGAGGUAGGAGACCAAAGACAUCAACCAAAGGCAGCGAAUUAGGAGGUGAAGAUCCACAACCUCGACAAAAAAAGGAACGGAGAGAAGAAAACACUGGCGGAGGUGGCGGCAGUGGACCUGGUGGAGGAGGUGGUAGAGGUGAUCCAUUUCGGAAGCCGCCUAUUGCGCAGUUGAAAAAAACAGGAGACAGCUGGCUACAGGAUGGCGCGUGCUUUGAGGUUGCUCCCAAGCUAGCAAAGUGUCGAGAAUGUAGAUGGACGCCUCAUCAGCGGUCAAAGAACUUACCGCAAAACAUCUUCUGUAGAUUUUAUGCAUUUCGAAGAAUUCGAUACACUAAGAAUGGACAGGUAGCUAUCGCGGGGUUCAGUGAUCCACACAAGGAUGCUUCUGAGGAAGACCUGCGACUCUGGUUACCAGUUAAGGACAGUCAAGAAGCGGCAGGGUUGAAAGAUGAGAAAGUGGAUAAGAAUGACAAAGAAAAAUCAGAAAAAUCUGACAAAGGGGAGAGGGAAGACCUUGAUUUAGAAAUGGCUCAUCGGCUCUUGCGUCAAGUGGGAGAUCAGUUUUGUGAUCUACUUCAUCAAGAGAAGGAUGCCCUUCAGGAACAUAUGGCAGAAGCGAGUUCGGGGGUUACAGACGGAACAGUAGCUUGGAAACGCGUCGUCCAGGGAGUACGAGAGAUGUGUGACGUCUGCGAAACUACUUUAUUCAACUUUCACUGGGCCUGCGCCAAGUGCGGUUUCGUCGUGUGCAUCGACUGCUACAAGGGACGCAAGAACGGAACAAUAAAAAUCUGGGGUGAAAGUGGAAAAGACAGGGAUGAUUUUUCGUGGUUAUUGUGUACAAAUCGACAAGUUCAUGAACCGGAGAGAUUAAUGUUGACCCAGAUUAUUGCCGGUGACAGUUUGUCUCGACUCGGUGCUCGGCUUCACGAAUGUCGUUGCGAAUGGGGAAUACCCCAGCAUUGUUCAUGUAAUUUGGUAGCUCCUGCACCGGUGAAUGAGACCCUAAGAAAUUUGAUAAAGGGUGAAUCGAUGGGUGUCCUCAACGGAAGCAUGAAGCAGGAAGUGAAGGAAGAAAAGAAGGAAACCGAGUCAAACGGAGCGACUGAAAAGAAGACUAACGGGGAAGAUAAAAAUUCACCUCUCAGCUGGCUGGCCGAUGUUGCUUUGCAAAAUCAAGACAAGAACGACUCCGGCACCAGUUCAGAUUCGGACGAAGACCGGGACGGAAAUUACUCGACGUUGAGGGAGCUUCUCAUUAGGCCGUCCCAUAAACCCAACGGUAGUGGUUCUAGAUCCAAUUCACCAACGAAUAACUCUGGAAAUUCUACUGCGACGAAUACUCCAACCCAAAAUAACGCUGCUGUAGCUAAGGCCGGAAAGAAAUCCAAAAUGGAUACCCUUGACGAAGUGAUAUCGAGUGUAAUAGAGCACAGUGCUAAAAAGGAGAGAGACAGCGGACUCAUGGACGAAAAAGCACCACGAGAAUUGAAGCACUUUGUUCGUCGGUACAAGUGGACCCAGAGAGGGCGAGAUCCAUUGCCUAUCAGGAUAAUGACUCUUACGGAGAGCAAAAGUCUUUAUCCAGACGUGCCACACUCCUGGCUCUGUGAUGGGAAACUGCUCAGAUUGAACGAACCGAACAACCCGAAUAAUUAUCAAAUAUUCCAGGAUCAGUGGAAGAGAGGUCAGCCUGUUAUUGUAUCUGAGGUUUCGAAAGCUCUAGACAUGGAUCUGUGGCACCCUGAUUCAUUCGCACGAGAUUUUGGUGAUGAGAAGAACGACCUUGUCAAUUGUAUGACUGGCAAUUUAGUACCCAAUCAACCGAUGCGCAAGUUCUGGGAGGGCUUUGAGCAUUUCUCAAAACGUCUGAAAGACGAUCGCGGCAAUCCCAUGCUUCUAAAACUCAAGGAUUGGCCCCCGGGUGAAGACUUCGCGGAGUUACUGCCCUCGAGGUUCGCCGAUUUAAUGAAAGUAUUGCCUCUCUCGGAAUAUACUCAUAGAAACGGGAGAUUGAAUUUGGCCAGUCGAUUACCGGAUUGCUUCGUCAGGCCAGAUUUGGGCCCAAAAAUGUACAACGCAUACGGAUCCGCGCUUUAUCCGAACAAAGGGACCACCAAUCUUCACCUUGACAUCUCUGACGCUGUUAAUGUCAUGGUUUACGUAGGAAUUCCCAAGGACGGAGACAACGACGAACACGUGAAAGAGGCACUCAGGGCAAUUGACGAGGCAGGCUGUGACAUAUUGACGCGUCGAAGGGUCAGGGAUCGCGGGGAAGCACCGGGAGCACUUUGGCAUAUUUACGCGGCAAGAGACGCGGACAAAAUUCGCGAUCUUCUAAAUGCUGUUUCGCUGGAACGCGGAGCCCGUCUCGAACCCCAUCAUGACCCCAUCCACGAUCAGAGUUGCUACCUCGAUGGGCCACUCCGAGAACGUCUGUACCGCGAAUACGGCGUUGAAGGGUACGCCAUAGUACAAUGUCUUGGAGAUGCCGUUUUCGUGCCAGCCGGCGCACCGCAUCAGGUCCGCAAUCUUCACAAUUGCAUAAAAGUAGCGGAGGAUUUCGUCUCGCCUGAGAAUGUGUCCCACUGUUUCCAUCUGACACAAGAAUUCCGUGCUCUGUCCGACACGCACACAAAUCACGAAGAUAAGCUACAGAUAAAGAAUAUUAUUUACCAUGCGGUUAAGGACUCGUUGACCGUUCUUGAGAAUGUAAAGGAGGAAGUUUUGGCUAAAGCCAAGCCCAAAAACGAGGUCAAGAUUAAAGAGGAGACGUAGCGAUAGGGGUUGAGCCGCCAUGGUCGCAGGAUCAAUUGAUUUCUGACUAAAUCUCGUUAUCGGCGAGUGCACACCGAGUUUCACGGUAUUUUCAAACCGUAGAUAAUAAUGGAGUAUAAAUAAAAAGGAAUUACCUUUUGAAGUAAGGUGAUGGCGACGUUUCUUGCGCGGUUUAAAUUGAGGAGCUGAAAACGUUGCGGAGUUUGUUGUGAUAUUUGACGAGUAGCUCGAAAGUUUCAUUUUAAUUGGCUGAGCCAAUUGGUUGGUUGUUAAUUAUUUAGUUUCGAUUUUUGAAAAAGAAAAAUUUUUACCACAUAAUAAUAAUUAUGUUGUCGGACAUGAAGUCCGUGAGACUUUUUCUUUUUUCAUAAAUAUAUAUAUAUUUUUUUUCUUUCCUCCCUUCUGUUCUCCUUAGGGUUUUCGUUCACCCGUGGAUCGUGUCCGCUCGACUGCGCGCGUCCAUUAUCGAAUUUGCGAAUUUGUGAUACCAGAGGGACUUUGGAUCAUAAUUGUUUGUAAUUAAAUAUUAUCGUGCCUGUAUCCAAUACACACUUGUCUAUACUAUAUAAAUGUAGAUAAAAUUACUAUGUAACAAAUUCCUAAAGAAAAAACAAAAUGAAAAAAAAAAAAAAUAAUAAUAAAUUUACCACAAUAAAAUCUAGUUUAAACAUGAUAAAUAUCGGUAGCGGAUGAUGUCGGAAGAUGCUCGACACACACUCCCAAAUACGCGAUUCAGUGCAAUUAGAUGACGUAUUCGCUGGCCAUGCAAUUGCGAUUGUCGAUCGACGCCGUAAAUAAAUCUGAGUUGAACUAUUUAAGUUGAUUAUCGUACAGAAAACGAAGUUCUUGACACUUAGUCAUCACUUGUGACGGGCGGGACACGUGAAUACAUAAUUCGAUUCUUUAUUUCAAGAAGCCCCUAAUUUAUUCAGUUUCAUUAGUCAACUUAAGUCAACUUGACUGACCUUGCAAAGUAAUUACGAAGAGGAAGGGAGAUAUAGAUUAAUAGAUCAAUAGAUAGGUGUAUGCACGUAGUCAAAUGGUUUUCUCGAAUAAAAAAUCUACGAAAUUUCUUUUAAUCCUCAAUUUUCGGGUCAGUCAAGGCAAACCGAUGCGUGGCGACCCCGACGCUGACAAGAAUCCCUUUACGGUCGUCGGUCGUCUCAAACGUAAUAAGGCUUUCAACAUCCUUCUUACACAUCUCCACGAUUAUAGAUACGUGGUAGAAUUUAGGAUGGCGGAAAGACGAUGUGAAAAGUGGUAUUAAAUAAAAUAAAGAAAUAACGGUGCAAGGUGUAAGAAAGAAAUACUGGAAUUUGCAAUUUCUUUGAUCUCAAUAUUCGUCUAGCAUACAACGACUUGAGUAAAUAAUAUUUAAAGAGUAAAGCUUAGAAAUUAUCUUAGUGUUAAUAAUACGUUUUAAUUAUUUAAAGAAAAAGAAAAAAAAAAACAAGGAAAAAAACAAAUAGUAAUUAACCGAUGAUAAUAUUGAAGAUACCUAUGACCUGCUGACGGGCGCUGUAUAAAUUUCUAGAAACGUACUCUGUGUAUUAUUAUUACUAUUGCAUACAAGCAAAAAAAAGCAAAAAAAUAACCAUUCGUUUUUUCUUUUGUACAUUAAUUAAAUGGAUACGCGUUUAUCGUAUUUACAUGUGCAUGUAUAGUUGUAUUUUGACAACCGCCGUCGCACGUGUACAUCUAUACAUGCACAUAAUAUUAUUUCUAUAACUAUUAUUUUAAUUUUUAUUGUUAUCAUCAUUAUUAUUCGUAUUAUCAUCUUUAUUAUUAAUCAAUAUUGCAAAAACACAAUAUACAUAUUACACAUUUUACAUCGGUAGACAGAAAGUAUACAUUUAUUCUGAUUAUUAUUAAUGUCAUUAUCACACCACCAUCAUGUCUGAUUAAUCAAUUGAUUUAUUAUCAUUAUUCUUAUUAUUAUUCUUAUUAUUAUUCUUAUUAUUAUUAUUACCAAUAUUAUGGAUUAUUCUGAUAUUUAAAUGUUGCCUAGUGUAAAUGACUUUAAAGAUGAGAAAGAUAAGAAACGGAAUCAGAGUGAAUUUUCAUGGAAAAGGUAGUAAAGAAGUUGCACGAAGAUGGCAAAAGAUGGUAAAAAAAAAAGUGAGCUGAAGAAGUGAGGCAACGUCUGCAAAGCGAGAGAUCAAGCUGACGAGAAUAGGGAGUGAAAAAAAGAGGUAUGAUUGUGUGGAUGAUAGCGUAACAGAGAGAGAACGGACGAGUGAAUGACUAGAUGAAAGAAAGGAGCCGUGGACUGGGGGCGGAAUUAAAGGGUCGUAAAUGUACAGUCCUCAGUCGUAAAUCCUCAUAUUUUCCCACGCCCUUCGGUGUUCUUUCAAUACCCCGUCACCGGUCGCCCUCAGUCAUAGCAGUUAUGAACCGCGUGCCAGCGGCUUCAAGUAUAAUUUUUUGUACUGUGUAAAUGUAAGAACCAUACGUUUGAAAUAAGAAAAAUGUUUAUAUUA